AUGGCGUCGCCUGUUCCUAUCUUGCCGAGGGGGGGCGACCCUUGGAACGGCCAGUAUGCUCAACAGCAACGUCAGUAUCAACAGCAGCAUCUGCCUGCACAGGCUCCUCAAGCUCCUCCGGCGGAAGUUGAUGAAAAUGGCGUUCAAAUCAGACCAAUGGGCCUUAAGGUCCAUUACACCUUCGACAGGGAAGCCAAGGUCAACUGCUUGGCCAGAUAUCCCCAGCCUCUCCGGGUCCAAACGGUUCCUAUCGAUGAGACGAAUUCAAUUGGGGUUGUUGACUUAAGAUCAUGUAUCCAUGCCGUCACGGAGUGCAGCCCCGAGCUUGCUGGCCAGGAGAAUGACUACACCAUUUACGCCGUCGACUUUUCAGAACCCGAUUUUCCCUUGGUUGGCCAGGGCAUGCUUUCAUGGGCUCUCGAGGCUAUGCAGGGUGAAUCGAUGAUGCAGCAGCCCAAGAUGGUCACCGGCCGCGUGACCAAAAAUCUGCUGGGUGUUUUUGGCGGUGGCAACCGCGAGACUCUCGAGGUUAGAUUACGGCUAUCCGUCGCACCGAGAUCGAAUAAACCACCCCCUCAUAAUAAUAGCAACGACAUGCAACAGUACAGUAGACCAAUGGAGAGUGCCAUGACUCCGACGGGUGCUUCGGAGUGGAAUACAUUUAUUCAGUCGAAUCCGCAAAUCGGUCAGACAGGUCACGUCUCAAGGGUUGCUUCGCCGGCGUUAUCACAAGGCCAGGGUCCCAACCACCACCACCAGCAACCUUCCAUGAUGGGCAAUCGAGAGUCCUUUGCGCCAGUAGCAGCUCAGCAGCAGCAGAUGCCCACCCAGGACGUUCACAGAAUAGCACCCGUCCCGGUUGAUCCAAGCGAGCAACGGGCAGACGGAGGUGCACCGUCAUCAAGACCGUCUAGUAGGGCAUCUAACAGAGCUUCGAGAAGAAAACCGCCCACUGGCCGUCCACGAGGCAGACCGCGAAAGAACCCCGUCGAGGGAAAUACUUCCGGGUAUGAAGAUGGCACAGAAGGAGAAGACGGCCCUGCUAAGAAAAGGGUUAAGACGACCCAGGUUGAAAGAACAGCACCAAACCUCUUUGCAAAUGGCCCCGAGUCUCUCAGAGUUGCCGCUAGCACCUCGGGCUCGUUACGCGCAUUUCGACCUAUUUUGGCAAACCCCGAGGGUGCUUCAGGAAACAGCAACCAUUUACAGGAAGUUCCUCGGGCCCCUACGCCAGUUCCAGAUGGUCCUCUUCACACUGGUCCAGGAAGAGGCCCCGGGCCGGUCAAGCUGAGACGAGAGUCAACUCUAAGUCAACAGACAUUUUCAAAUAACCCUUCAUUUGCAGAAUCUAGGCAACCGUUGUCACCUAGCCAAGAAGACGACCGGUCACCGGAGUCCAUCGCACCCACCCCAAACUAUUCGGUAGACAGCCCAGCAGAUAUUGGCUCAUCACCACCCAUACAGCGAGCUACUCCGUUCCUUCGAUCAAGCCCUCCUCCCUCAAGUCCUGUUCUUCCUCCUAUGCCGCCGACUGAGCUUCCUCGCGAUGCUAGCUUUGCUACUGACGACUUGGAUGAACUCUUUGGUGAUGAAGCCAACACGCCAAUCCCCGCACCGACGGAAGCAGUUGCUGCAGCUGCAGCUCGAAAACCUACCGAGUCAAAGAAUGCUAGCGGAGUGCCAGUUCAAGUCUUCCAGAUGCAGGAUGGCCCAGCUGGACAGGAUCUUGUUCACAUUUGCAGCUACAAUACCCCUCAGCCGGUCCCAGCGACAGCAAAAGAAUGUGCUAGUGACACUCAAUCACUACCACCAUUGAAGAAGGCACCAAGCCGGACAGCAUCCAGGAAGAAAAAGACAAAGCCUGCUUCUCCGCUAGGCAUGGCUCCCACUCCUCCGCCAACGACUGACGCCGUCGAGAACGCAGCGAGCCCUCUGCUGACAGCCGAACCAGGAAUGGACGAGACUGCCCGGCGAACUUCCAAUCUUGUCAGCAUUGCACCUAAACCUACAGCCGAGCAAUUACAACCACAAAAUACCCAGAGAGACGUCGAAAAAGAGGAACUACCCACGCAGGGGCUGGCCGUGGCAAAGGCGCCCAGGCAAUUGAGUCGGUCUCAGUCUGCUGGGCCGUUGGCCCUACCAACAAUCCCAGCCAGUGAACCUGCUGGGCCAUCUUCUCUUUCACAAUCCAUAGUUGCCGAGAAUGAGUUCCCGACUCCACCGGCCCCUUCAGCAUUGAAGAGAGCAGCCUCGACUGGUCCCCUCACUCUUCCGGUUCCCGCGAGCGACCCAGUGGUGCCUAUCGCUCUUCCUACAAGCAUGGAACACACAAACUCUACAUUCGCCAAGAGUGAUGCUGUCCCAGCACCCUCAUCUCCACCAAUCGUUUCAUCCAGGGCAAACAAGAACAUUGUAAAGAAGCACGCCAUCAAGCAGAGGCUAGAAGAGGCCAUCAUGAAUGGAGAGAUGCCUCCAUACUGUAGCAACUGCGGAGCUAUUGAGACGCCCACCUGGCGCAAAAUUUGGGUACAGGAAAAUGACGGUAUUCCUGAGUACUGUGAAUACUCUGAGAAGCCUGGAAAAAUUACAGCAAUCGAGAUUCUGCAGCGAGACGCAGACGGAAAGCCUACCGUGCACCGCCUUGUUAAGAAGAGUUUAGGAUCUUCAGAUGAUAGAGCAAAAUGGCAGGAGCGGUUACUUUGUAACCCUUGUGGCAUCUGGCUCACUAAGUGCAAAAGCCACCGUCCUCAAGACAGGUGGGACAAGGAUCUCUCGCGGACAGGACAAGAACGCAGAAAGCGAGGUACCGGUAAAGGCAAAAAGUCUCGUGGCAAGGAUGACGGAGGAGUGAAUCCCACUUCGGAGGCUUAUCUCCCGACUGAUGCACUCGGCCCCAUCGAACCAUCUUCUCCCAAGCACAGUGAUCUACACAAGAGUCAACCGGAUCGGGACAUUGGCACGCAUGAGGCAUCAGCGAGUCUCGACAUGCAGGAAGUGCAAUCUAACCCUGGCUCGACUCAUUCUAGGGGGAGUGACACUGCAAAAAGCCCCGUAGAUGUGGAGUUUGAUCAAGCAGUAGGCAGCACGAAACGACUCUUAUUCCCCUCGCCCAGAAAAGACGGAAUACCAAAAACACUGGAAGAAAUCGACAUUAACAUCGUGCAGACUUCUGAUGAGGGUCUGUCAAAAGGCUCGGGGGCUGGCAAGGAAAAUAUGACAAGCACAAGGCAAGACGGAGAAUCCAAUGAUCACGACAAUCUCGAAGCGGUAUUUAAGAACCCGACAGUUGCUCGACCAUCAACUCCAACACCAAUCUCCAAGGCUGGAACGCCUAAUGAACCCUUCAAAACACCUACGCGUCCCACGCCAAGCCACAGACCGAUUACGAGAAGCAUUUCUCGAUCAAUUCGAUCUAUUAGAUCAAUUGCAUCGCCCAGCCAAGUUCUUGUUCAGGAAACGCCUACCAAGACGUCGCGGUCAGCUGAAGGCGGCCGCCCAAGACGCAGCCCUCGCAACCACCAUGAGGGCUUCGAAGUGUUCGAUACCCCCAUCAGCCGUACCAUCAGCCAGAUGUUCUCAGAGGGCAACGGCUUUGGGGGUGAUGACCUGGAUCUAGGCAGUCUCCCAACGCUGGACAAUAAUGCUGGCAGCAUGAUUGAUUUUGGCAACCUCCUCAGCACAGAUGCCGUUCUGCCUAGCUCGCCUCCAAAAGAUGGUUCUAUGUCGUUUGACUAUCACGCCUCAUCUAGUGUAUGGGCUCAGUGGGAUAUUGAUACAACUGGCGGCAUGGACACUGGUGGAACAUGA